AUGCCACCCCCGCGAAAAGUAACGAAAGUGCCGCGUUCCGGCUCAUCCGGGUCGAUUUCUUGGGCGACUAUAAUGCAGCUCACGAUGGGUCCUGGAAUGACUCUUAUAAUCGCGGUGGUUCUCCUCAUUGCUCUUUGGCGACACCCCCCGGAGUCUGAGGCUGGCGCAUCCUUGGAGGACAUCGCCUCGAGCCACAAGGAAGUCGUCGCCGAGAGGGAACAGACUUCUCUUGGACACACCUACUCCGUUGCCCGUAUCGGCGAGCCUGUAGUGAUACCGCCGCACUCGUUGACUGUCAUAUUACCCGUUACCGAGGCAUCGUUCCCGACCAUGGAGAAGAAAUUGCGGUACUUUCUUACACGAACGACACGACUACAGGACAUUUGGCUGGUAUGCCCCGAGGCUCUGGUUACCCAAGCGAAACCUAUCUUGCGCCGUCUUGUCGCCUCACUGGAUGGACACGACUACCCAGUGAUCUCACUACACCCGCCCUUUAGUAGCUACAUCGAAAACCUCGCCAUUGACAGUAUCCGCAUGGCAGGCCAAGUGAAGACGAAAUGGGCGCUCAUUCUAGAUGAACAAGGCCUGGAUGGAUUCAGCGAAUACGCUAAGGACCAACUAUUGAACCCACUGGACGUACCACUUCCUACAGGACCUCGCGGCGUGGUCGACCACCCACACGGAAUCCACUGCAUUCCGCCAUCACCUCAACCCUUGUAUGCUUCAUACCUCGUUCCGCCGUUUGUUACCCCUUCGUCACUCCCGCACUCAAUAUCUUCUCUGAGCCAUUCGGCCGUAUGGAAAGACUUCGGUAGGUCCGUCUCUGCCGCGGACGCUCACGCACAAGGUGGAGUCGUUAUCAACGCAGAAGAAGACUGGUGCCGCGGACAAGACUACAGAAAGAGGUCGUUCAAUGAUACAUUAGGUCAAAUUCCCCUAGACCCCUUGCUCCCCCUGGAUGCCAAUUCGAUCUGCCCCAUGGGUGAGAAGGGCCCAGAUAUCGGCAGUGAGGCUCGACUGGCCCAAUCCAUCGACCAUCCUUCCGCGCCAUCAGGCCAAAUGUAUCUCGUUCUUCCCACUGUCCAAGACCUCCGAGAAUUGGCUCCCGUUGCAUGCGGCUUCCUCAAACAAGGGUAUCUGAUGAAGAUUCUUCUGUACGGGUUGGGCACUCAUUCAGCGGCGGACUUCUUUCAACAGGACACCUGUAUCCUUCCAUAUACGCGCUCCUCGUUUUCGGCUUUACCAGACAUUCUCGUUGAUGACCACGAUUUGGGUCCCAUUGCUACGGAGGUUAUUAUCACCUCGGAUAUGGGGCCAAGUGAGGCCUUAUUCCUUAAAGCAACGAUCAAACGACAGUUUCCCCUCGCGACACAUAUUCAAUUACCUCGCGAAGAUCUAACCUACACAUCCUGGAUGGCCAGUCUAUCAUUCUUAGAAUUAAAGAACUGGCACCACCCGCAGGUCGACGUGAGCGUGAUAACUAAGGACAGGCCGAAAUCUCUUCGUCGCCUGAUCACUUCGCUCUCGAGCGCUCGGUUCUUCGGCGACACACUUAACUUGAGGUUCAAUAUCGACCAAUCCCUGGACUACGAAACACAACAUCUCGUGCACCACUACACCUGGCCUCACGGUCCUGUCUUCGUCCAUCAUAGAGUCAAAUCGGGCGGUCUGCUCCCAUCUGUUGUAGAAUCCUGGUAUCCUUCAUCUAAUGACUCCUAUGGUCUCUUACUCGAAGACGACGUUGAGCUCUCGCCUCUAUUCUACGCCUGGGUCAAAAUGACGGUCCUGCGAUAUCGGUACGGCGACAAGCGCAACCGUUCACCGCAGCUCUUCGGAAUCAGUCUCUAUCAACCGAAGAACAUCGAGCUCAGGCCUCAAGGUCGACAACCAUUCGACGCACGAAAGCUCUUCUCCCGCCAUGGCCACCCAGAUCCUUCCAUUCCCUAUCUAUCACAGAUUCCCUGCAGCUGGGGGGCAGUGUAUUUCCCAGAGCACUGGCGGGAAUUCCACAGCUAUCUCUCUGCGAGACUAGCUGAAGUAUACAUCAAUCUCGAGCAAAACAUCGUUCCAAACGUCAGAUCGAACAGAUGGAAGAAAUCGUGGAAGAAAUUCUUCAUCGAACUUGUCUACCUUCGAGGUUAUGUCAUGCUUUAUCCUAACUUCGAAGACUUCUUGUCUCUUUCAACGAACCACGUCGAGGUUGGCUCUCAUGUGAAGGCUCGGACCAGGGAAAAACUCGAACUAUUCCUAUUGCCAUUGAUGCCACUUUCUGCUGGGCGGCCUAAAGGCGAACUACUCAAGCUUCCAGGCGAAACAUUACCAGCUUGGUCAACUCUGCCUGUGUUGAACCUCACCGGCUCGAUAACGACAUUGGAGGACAUCAUCGACGAAGGACUGGAGCGACGAAAUGAAAUCACCUUUUGCCCUCUACCCCCAACUACUCCGUACGACGCGCGGGACCUAAUGUGCGACGCUUAUAUUAUACCAUCCUGGCGACUAGGUUCUGUGAUAUCCUUGUGA